AUGGAUAACUACGGUGCUGCCGAUGAUCCUGGGGUCACCUUCUGUAUCGGCCAUCAUGAGCCGAACCGAACACUCUCGGUGACCCCCCAGGUGGUCAACUGGGCGCACGAGAGUAACUAUGAUAUGUUGACUGUGCCAAUUACAACCACUCAUUUUCACUCCAGGGUGUUAGGGCUUCUGUCUUCUUAUCUCUCCAAUCUGCAGCCGCCAUCAUUCGAUCGCAUUGGUACCAUGGCCACCUCGCAAAACACCCGGCCACUGGUUAUUCCGCCAUUGACCAAGCUGGAUUCGAAUCUGACCCCCAAUGAAGCCACGAGCCAGCUGGUUGGUGUGACUAGCAGCUGGAUUGACCUUUGCUCGCCUGAUCCGUUGAUUGCAGAUCUCUCGCGACAGGUUCUGAUGUUAGAAGUAGCCUAUGCUGCUUUCUGUGGCAUUGGAUAUCUCUUGAUUCCUAGCCCUAAAUUGCAUCAUGGUGGCAUUCAUUCGGAAGGUGUAGUCUACUACGCCAGGGCUAUUCAGGAUGCUUUGAAUCUAGGCCCAUACAUCCAAUUCCAUAUUUGGCUGCGGAUGGUGGACAACCCCGAGCUAGAGGUUGAUAGCAUGGGUGAUUUGGCUCCACUGGCCCGGCAAGAGUACGUACAGCUAGAAGCAGGCAACCUGCCAAAAAUCGACUCAUUCGGAACUUGGGAUGCGUGGGAUUUGAUAAGGAAGACCUGCAAAUAUCAUAGCCGGUUGUUUGUUGCUUUGGCGAUGCCCAAACAACUACCUGCUCUGUCCGUUCAAUCGCGCUGGCACUCAGAGCCAGUGCAUCUCCUGACGAUUGAUGGUUCAUCUUUUUUGAAGAAUCCGAAAGGAUACCCUGUACUGUCAAAGGCUCACCAAGCCUUAAUUGCGAAGCUGAUGCGCCUUCGGACCCCUCCCUGGAUUUUGCUUUGCAACGUUGGGCCUAUCCCCGGGCUUGAGAACACAGAAGAAGCGGAGGCCAGCCAGUCUCAACUGUCUAGCUCUGAUUAUCCGAGCCUGAGUGCCUCCAAAAAGCAUCAUGAUCAUACCCCGCAUCUCUCCUACAUCCGGAAUCUGCAGCAACGGCAGCCUCCACGCACGCCCAUCGAGCGAUUUGGCACAGGCUAUCAAGACUACCUUCAGGCCCCUCUCCAACCACUGACUGUCAACUUGGAGAGCAUCACCUACGAGGUCUUUGAGAAAGACCCCAUUAAAUAUGAGUGGUAUGAGCGCGCCAUUACCAAGGCUCUGAGAGACUGGGCCGACCAGAAGAAGCCAACCUCUCAUCCCGAUGGGAAGGUGAUUCUCGCAGUUGUUGGGGCUGGCCGUGGUCCUCUCGUGACCCGGGCAUUGAAGGCUAGCGCUGAAGCCGGAGUGGAAAUCGACCUGUGGGCCGUAGAAAAGAAUCAGAAUGCAUUUGUGUUGUUACAGCGUCAUAACGAGACCAUCUGGGAUGGCAAAGUCACUCUCGUUCAGUCCGACAUGCGGAGCUGGAAAGGCCCACGAGUGCCGCGACAAGCAACCGAGAGCGGUGCUCAGGACCCAGUCGGCGAAUCGCUGGGUAUUGAGGACACCUUGCUCUACACACCAACAAAAAGCGCCAAUGACCCCGGUCGAUCUUCUGACUUUUCUGCGCCCAUCGCUUCCGGCAGCACUCAUACUUACGUUGACAUUGUGGUGUCAGAGCUGCUCGGCUCAUUUGCUGACAAUGAACUGUCCCCGGAGUGCCUUGAUGGCAUCAAUGAUCUGAUAAAUCCUGUGCAUGGAAUUUCCAUUCCAGCAUCAUACUCGGCCCACCUUUCGCCCAUCUCUGCUCCUAAGCUACACGCCGAUGUAGUCAACCAGACAGUCACCAACCCUGCAGCUCCGGAGACCCCCUACGUCGUGAUGCUCCAUGCUAUUGAUUUCUUGUCUACUGCAGACUCUACCGGAAAUACGGAAGCCCUUAAUCAAAACUCCAUAAACCGUGCCUCUGGUACCUCGGCGCCGACUCUCGCCACCGAGUUCCCAACUCCCUUUGUUCAGACUGCAUGGUCUUUCUCCCACCCGAAUCGAAACAUUCCACCUCCAUCACCGAUGACGUCCACUAUUUCCAAUGCGCACAAUGUGCGCCAAACACGUCUUUCCUUCCCCUCCCAGAACCGGGGUGUAUGCCACGGCUUAGCUGGGUACUUUGAAACUGUCCUCUACGGGGAUGUUGAGCUCUCGACUAAUCCAGUAACAAUGGAUGCAAAGAGCGCCACUAUGAUCAGCUGGUUCCCUAUCUACUUCCCUCUCAAGACUCCUCUCAAUGUUCCCGAUAAUGGUGAAGUAGUCGUCACCAUGUACCGCCAAACCGAUGAUCGUAAAGUCUGGUAUGAAUGGAUGGUGGAGGUGUACACCCUUGAACGCAUCUCUGCGCCGACGGCGAAGCUCACCACCCCUGCCAUGACUGGUAUCCGGUCUGGAUCUCCGAGUGUGGAUAGCUUGAAGGGCAAGGAGAACGUCCAGAAACAGCCAGCUGGUAACUCAAACCAAGCAAGCUAUCGUCGUGUGCGCGUGGGCAUGAGCGAAAUGCAUUCAAGUAUCAAGGAAGGCUGCUUAAUGUGA